CAUCUCAAAGAAAACAAAAGAAUCAGUAGAGAGAGUCAGAGAUAAUGGGUGGUAAUAGUUAUCGGUUUAAGCUAUCGGAGUUAGUCCCUAACGCAUGGUUUUACAAACUUAAAGACAUGGCCAAAUCUAAGAAGAAGAAACUUCAGAGCCAACCAAACAGCACCUCCUCCUCCUCCAAGAAGAAACACCACGCAGUCCCUACUCCUACGUCCACGACGGCACGCAGUCCUAGGCCUCCUAGGCGCUCUUCUCACUCUUCCAAACCGCUGCUACCCUCCCAUACGCCCAGAAAGUCCUCCGGGAACCGUCUUCGUCACCGAGCCACCGUCGACUCUAAGUCAUCCACGACUUCGGGAGACACCACUGCCACAGAAACUGGUUCUUUCUCACCGGAGUUUCGCUCGGAUCAAGUUCUCCUCCCCGACGAGUCAUUAACGGGCUCAUGGCAUAGCCCUGGCAGCUCCAAGUUAUCCAAACCCGCAGCCUUUACGCCGCCGCCGGAACUCGAUCUCCGGCCCAUCAUUACCAAACCGGCCGCCACCGAACGGAAAACGGCGGUUGCUUCUCCGGCAGGGGUGAGACUUAGAAUGCGGUCGCCGCGAAUCUCGGUGAGCAGCAGCGCAAGGAGAAGCGGGUCGUCGGCGAGGAGGAGCAGGGCUGUGGUGAAGGCGUCGGUGGAUCCGAAGAGAGAUUUUAAGGAAUCGAUGGAGGAGAUGAUCGCUGAGAACAAGAUAAGAGCGACAAAGGAUCUAGAGGAGCUUUUGGCUUGCUAUCUGUGUCUCAAUUCAGACGAGUAUCACGCUAUUAUCAUCAAUGUCUUCAAGCAAAUCUGGCUUGAUCUUAAUCUUACACCCCAUUCCAACAAAUAAUAACUAUGUCUUUUUUUUAACAUCUUUCCUUAGAUAAUUAAUAAUCUUCUCUACUGAAUAAAUGUAAAUAUAUAUGAUUAUUCUUG